AUGAUUUCGGGUGCUGCCGCCAGAGCGUCUGCUGCGAGGACAGACACUUUUGCAGAAUGUCACUAACUCUUUGGGCCCACGCAACUGCCCUCCUUUAUUGUACCUUCCUUCAGCAAGGCUCUGCACAGACUGAACCCCCCCAGUGCUUCACUGGACUUGGUUGUGUUUCUGGUAGUGUUGGGGAACAGAUUUCAACAUUGGCUUGCUGUAGCAUGGCUGAUACUCUCUCAUUCAGACGUACAGUGGGCAGCGAAUCAUGCUUUACAUGUUAUGGGUUUGGAUGGGUGCAGAAUAUCAGCAGUGAUUUGACAUCAGCUGAGUCUCAAACUGAAGUAACUGCUGUGGAAGGAGAGACUGUCACUCUCACACUAUUCUACACUAAGAAUAAUCCACCAAAUUCCCUCCGUUUAGACUUUACCAUUCAGACCUCGGGUUCGGCAACAGAUGGAGUGGACUAUGUUGUCACUCCAGAUCCAGAUAGUGUUUUCAUGGACGAAGUGUCACUGCAGUUGGUCCCAGUCACAGUUAAUGUCACUCUAGCCAGUGAUGGUAUAGGAGGAGAAGGAACUGAAGACAUUGUACUCACUCUAGUUCAGCUUCCACCAAUCGAACCCGAGCGUGUUCUCAUCAACCCAACAGUCAGGAUCAUUGUCGAGGAUAAUGACAUUCAGACUGGGUUCAGAACGCCGGAGGAUGGAUGUAUCCCAGAGGGUGCGUUGCAGGAGAUCUGUCUGACUACUGUUGGAUCUCCUGCAGUGGAUACUGUGCUAACUGUCUCCGUCACUUAUGGCACUGCUGGACCUGAAGACUUCGAUCUGAUCACGACACAAGUGACCAUCACUGAGACUGUGACUGAGCCAUGUGUGAGAUUCCAGGCCAUAGCAGACGGUUUGGGACUGGAGGGAGUGGAGAACCUCACUCUGUCUCUGAGUGGGCCUCCCAAUGUACAACUGACUAAUGCCUCUCUACACUUCUGCAUUCAGGACUCUGAAGCGAUGAUAGGGUUUAACCAGGCAAGGUAUGCAGUCAUUGAGGGAGAUUAUAAUGUGUGUGUCAUAGUCUGGCAUGGUCGAUUGGCCAACAGUCUCACUGUUCACAUCAAUGUUCUCCCCACAUCCACUGCCACAGAGGGGGAAGAUUUCGAACUGAGUGACCCAGCAGAGAUAGUCAUUCCUGCCAAAAUGACCAGGGGUUGCCUCGCAGUGACCAUCCUACAGUCAGAAGUAGCGGAGGGAGAGGAGGAAAUUAGACUGGCCAUUGACUCCACAGCUGUCAAUGCUACCAUAAUAACCGCUGAGACUAUUAUUAUUGUCAUUGCUCCAGAUGAGGGUAAGACCUUUCAUUACCCUCGCUGCCCCUUACCAUGUAUACACCUCGCUGCCUACCUGGCAUGAGAUUUGGGGCCGGGAUGUGCACCAGCAAAGAAAGCUUGUAAUCUCACAACUCACCUUUUUAGAGACAGUCCCCAUUUCGUGACAGAGUGCAGAGUACAUAUGUGUUAUAAGAAACCCUUCUCUCGUUUGUACGUGCAGUUGUGGUAGUUGGAUUCAGAGAUACCAGCCUCACUGCCUCUGAGGGAGAGACUGUGAGGUUUGCGUUCCAGAAAGUCGGAUUGUUUGACUCAGAUAUUAAGUUGCUACUAAGUGGAGAAGGGUUGUCUAUAGGAGUUAGUUAUAAUGGCGCAAUCAGAGUCAUCAAUAUUUUUUUCUCUUACACUGCCCCCGACAAUGAUGUUGCUCUUGAGGAUGACGUCACAAUCAUUAUAACUUUUAAUUUAAAGACAAUCAGUCCUCGAAUAAUGAUGUCUAACACUGCUCUCUCUAUUGUUGUUCAGGAUAAUGACGGGCCAGUGAGGGUGGGUUUUGAAUCAAAUGGUGUGACAGUUGAUGAGAAUGGUGGUGAUAUAAUGGUUCCAGUGAGUGUGAUUCAACAGAUAGCCACUACUGUGUCAGUGGACGUGGAAGUUGUCAGUGGUACAUCUCUGGAACAAGAAGAUUAUGUGAGGACGGGUCUGUUUCAGCUCAAGUUCCCCUCCAACGGAACAUCUUUUGUGCCAGUUGGAAUACUGGAUGAUGGGACCAUUGAACUGACUGAGUCAUUCACAGUUGUUCUGUCCAACCCCCAGCCUGCUGGUGGAGUGGAACUGGGGAUCAGUGUUUUCACUGUCACCAUUUCUGAUGAUGACCUGCGUAUUGGUUUCGAGAGUAUUGAGUACACAGUGGACGAGGGUGGCACACUGGAAGCAGUCGUGGUGAAAUCUGCUCCGUUCGACUCUGUCAUAGAAUUCGAGGUGGCAGGGGGAAAUUUCUCUGCCGUCAGGGCUUUCCCGGAUGGAGCAUCCAGUCCUGAAUCCAUAUCAAUAUUUUUUCAAAUCCCUGAUGAUGUCAUUGCUCUGGAACCACCGGAAACGAUAUCAUUUACACUGGCAGUUCUCGACCCAAAUCCACAGAUAUCUGUCGACCCAGACACUACCACUGUCACCAUACUCGACAAUGAUGUACUUGUGGGCUUCAAAGCUGACAUUAUCACGGUACCAGAGGAUGCUGGCGAUGUAUUCAUACCAGUCACCAUCAGUCAGGACGUCCAUGAGCCUAUCACAGUCGACAUACUAUACCAGAAUGGAUCUGCCAUGGAACAAUCAGAUUUCUUCAUAACUGGUCCGUCAAGUCUAACAUUCACAUCAAAUGGAACUCGGAAUAUUCUGAUUUCCAUUGCUGACGACACUGAAGAUGAACCAGAUGAGACAUUCAUCAUAGCUCUAGUGUCGGGAGCCACUGUCAUUGUCUUCCCUGACACCAUCACCAUAACCAUCAUUGACAAUGAUGAUGAAACACCAACUGGAGAUAAAAAUCCGCCUGUGAUCAUCAUCAUAGUAACUGUUGUGAUAGCCGUGCUAGCCGUGCUACUGAUUGCUGCAAUCAUCAUCAUAACAAUUCUCAUUGGAAUUAUGAGGCAGAGGAAGAAGAGGCAAAGUAAACUUGCUCUCCCAACUCCAGAGCCCAUCUAUGAUGAUCCAGAUUCAUACUAUUCUUCUGUCCUUGACAAAACCGAAAAUAAAGCAAGUACCGAGAUUUCACUGCAGCCACAGCCAGAAAAUUUAGCCAUUCCUAACCAGCAGCAGGAAAAUAUUACUUCCCCUAUUGAGCAGCAAGAGAAUGUUGCCUAUGGUGCUCUUUCGAACCAGCAGCAGGAAAAUGUUACUUCCCCUAUUGAGCAGCAAGAGAAUGUUGCCUAUGGUGCUCUUUCGAGCCAGCAACAAGAAAAUGUUACUUCGCCUAUUACGCAGCAAUUACCUGGUGAUCAGGCUGAGGAGCAAUGCUAAAGACUAUGAGAUUAAUAUGGAUUAUGUGAAUCAUACUGAGUAGCUUUAAACGUUAUAGCAUAUUUUCUUCAACUUAUGGCGUGCAUUACUACUGUAAGGAUCUUAUU